UAGGCAGCGCGAGCUGGCGCCAGGAGUCGCAGGGUCGGAGCGUGGCUUUGAAGCCGCGUCCUCCAUCACCAUGAGCGGCCGAAGUAGGGGUCGAAAGUCCUCCCGUGCCAAAAGCCGGGGCAAAGGCCGCGCCAAAACCCGAGUCCGCGCUGGUCCUGACGAUGCCCUGCGCCACCCGGAUCCACCACAGUGCCAGAGGCUCGGGGAAGACACUAAGGCGGCACAGGUGCGGACUGGCGCGGGUUGGGGUGGCCUGGAAACCGCUGCGCCCGCGCCGCCCGCGCUGCCUGCGCCGCCGCUCCGGCCCGGGGACGAGGCCGCCUGCCGGCUCCCCCUGGAUUGUGGUCUCGCCCUCCGGGCCUGUGCGGCCGGCGACCGUGGGCAGGCCGCGACUAGGCCGGGCCCGGGGAAGACCACAUCUCUCUCGGAGCGUCUGGCAACAGACACUGUCUUCGUGGGAACUGUGGGAACUGUGGGAAGGCCGAAAAAUGCCCCCCGCGUUGGAAAUCAGCGAGGUCCUGCUGGGAAGAAGGCCCCAGAGACUUGUAGUACAGUGGGGCGCGGCCCUCAGGCUGUGGCUGGUGGGAAGCUGAAGAAAGGGCCAGCGGGCGAGUGUACCUCAGGCUCCGCAGGGGAAGAAAGGAAAGUGGAUAAGGAUGCAGGGUCAGGGCCCCCUGUGACAGAAGGCAGCAUGGAUACUCUGGAGACAGUCCAGCUGAAGCUGGAGACCAUGAAUGCCCAGGCAGACAGGGCCUAUCUUCGGCUCUCGCGUAAGUUUGGCCAGUUGAGAUUGCACCACUUAGAACGCAGAAACCUCCUCAUCCAGAAUAUUCCAGGCUUCUGGGGGCAAGCUUUUCAGAACCACCCCCAACUAUCAUCUUUUCUCAACAACCAAGAUAAAGAGGUACUCACCUACUUGAACAGCUUGGAGGUGGAAGAGCUUGGCCUCGCCAGAUUGGGCUACAAAAUCAAGUUUUACUUUGGCCGCAACCCCUAUUUCCAAAAUAAGGUGCUCAUCAAGGAAUAUGGGUGUGGUCCUUCGGGUCAGGUGGUGUCUCGUUCUACUCCAAUCCAGUGGCUCCCAGGACAUGAUCUUCAGUCCCUAAGCCAAGGAAACCCAGAAAACAACCGUAGCUUCUUUGGGUGGUUUUCAAACCACAGCUCUAUUGAGUCUGACAAGAUUGUGGAGAUAAUCAAUGAGGAACUGUGGCCCAAUCCUCUGCAGUACUACCUUUUGAGUGAAGGGGCCCGUGGAGAGAAAGGGAAGGAAAAAGAGGGGAGGCAGGGUCCAACUAAGCAGCCAGUGGAGACCCCAGAGCCUGGGGUGAACCAGUCCAACUGAUACUGCACAAGUCUCUACUACCUCCUGCCGGAUCAUUCCUGGCUCACUACAUGUGUGUUUGGCUAUCUGCCUUCUUUUCAUGUUGGCCUCUGUGUACUGUAUCCCCUUUAGGACUUUCGCUACAAGAAUAUGGCAUUUAUGAUCAUGUUCUUUUGCCUCCUCAAAACCUUCUCUUUUAUAUUAAUGUCAUAUGUUGUAUGAUUUCACCCUGCUGUUUAUAUGUUAAGCACAUGUACUUCAGAUGUGUUCUGCCUUUAUUUACCUUGCCUGGACCCUGUUGACUCUGGCCUUUCCCACUUGUUUUUGACCUGGACACUCAAAAGUCAUCCUUCUGGAGGACUAGUGCAUCAUCAGGCUCUGCCACUUCAAGCCUAGUGACUUGCUGGACUUUCUGUUCUUACUGGCCAAGCAUGUCAUCUGUGGCAAGCAUUUCUGUUGCCAUUGCAGAACGAAGCCAGUGCGCAUGAUAUUGGCUAUCAGCCAGAGUUACUGUUUCGUGGGUCUCGGGUCACCUUUCAAGAUGUUAUUUACUUUAUCUCUGGUUUUGUCCUGCUGGCCAUCCAGCAGAAUGGCACUUGACUGCUGGGCAUGCAUGAGGCUAUGGGCAAGAAGUAGUAUGCCAUGUGUUUUAUGCCAUCAUGAGUCUCUUGCCUCUGGGACUUCCUAAGGGUGGACCUUCAUUAAGGUCUACUUUAUGCCAUGUCCUCUUACUGUCAGCACAUUGAGUUUUGCUAGGUUGCUGUUGGCCCCAGUUGGUUUUCUGGUCAAGAAGAACCUCAAGAACUGCGUGUGGACCCAGGUCCUCUUGCCAGUGCAUGAAACACACAUCUACUCUCCCCAGCUUCCAGAAUCCCUACUAGCUGCUAGACUGAAGGACAGGCUGACAUGCACAGAAAUGGAGAGGCUGGUGCCUGGGUCCCAUGUGCUCAUCACCUGGUUGCAUCAGUUAUCAAUUAUGAUUGAUCUGGUUUCAUCUGUAUCUCCCUCUGCCCACCUGUAUUGUUUAUUGAAAGUCCAAGGCUCUGUACCAAUGCAACCAUAACUACUUUUGAAGGUUGGUACUCUACAUUGAUGGUGAUAGUGGUGGGGUGUGCUAUCAUUAUCACAUCAACUCUGCUUUUUGCUUGUAAUGUUAACUAAUGAGGAUGGGCCUUAGAAAUAAAAGUCUUCAGAAUUAACAAAGAGUCUCAAAAAGAGGUGAGGGGGUGUUGCCUUUCCCUUGUAUCCACACAAGGAGGGAGAGACUGUUCUCUUGUAAAACUCUUUUAAAGACUCUAAUAUGAAGGUACUGAAUUGAGACCAUUCACCAGAAUAUCAGUCUUUUUUUCCUAUGUAACAUGGAGACUAGUGUGACUAUGACAAUUGUUAUCAGCUUAUCCUGGUCUUGGAGGUAUAAUUUGGAAAUUGUUGCUAUGUUCUGUGAAAAUAGCCUCCCAAAAGUAAUCAAUAACUGGUUGUCAUUCUUGAUAAUUUGACACCCUGGUAAUAAUGCAAUAUUUCUGUGUUCCUGAACUGUAUAAAUAAUUGUAAGCUUGCUUGCAUGAUGGAAAAAUAAAAGCCUGUA